AUGUCGGGCACCCGGGCGUCCAACGACCGCAGCAGCCAUCCUGGCGGUGGGCUCAAGCGGGCGCGCAGCGAGCCGGGCGGUAACAAAGUGACGGUGGUGCUGGGGGCACAGUGGGGCGACGAGGGCAAGGGCAAGGUGGUCGACCUGCUGGCCACCGAGUCGGACAUUGUGUGCCGGUGCCAGGGUGGGAAUAACGCAGGCCACACUGUUGUUGUUGAUGGGAAAGAAUAUGAUUUUCACCUAUUUCCUAGUGGCAUCAUCAAUCCAAAGGCAAUUUCUUUUAUUGGUAAUGGAGUGGUUAUACAUUUACCAGGCCUGUUUGAAGAAGCUGAAAAGAAUGAAAAGAAAGGUUUAAAAGAUUGGGAGAAAAGACUGAUUAUAUCAGACAGAGCGCAUAUAGUGUUUGACUUUCAUCAGGCAGUAGAUGGGCUCCAGGAAGUGCAACGUCAAGCACAAGAAGGAAAAAAUAUUGGCACAACGAAGAAGGGGAUCGGACCAACAUAUUCUUCCAAAGCUGCACGAACAGGUCUUCGAAUUUGUGACCUCCUUUCUGACUUUGAUGAAUUUUCUUCAAGAUUUAAAAAUCUGGCACAACAAUACAAGUCAAUGUUUCCCACACUGGAAAUAGAUACAGAAGGACAAUUGAAAAAGCUGAAGGGGUAUGCUGAAAAAAUAAGACCAAUGGUUCGAGACGGUGUGUAUUUUAUGUAUGAAGCGCUUCAUGGCUCCCCAAAGAAGAUCCUUGUGGAAGGAGCCAAUGCAGCAUUACUUGAUAUUGACUUUGGCACAUAUCCUUUCGUGACUUCAUCGAACUGCACAGUAGGUGGUGUGUGCACUGGACUUGGUGUUCCUCCCCAGCACGUUGGUGAUGUGUACGGUGUGGUGAAGGCAUAUACAACUCGCGUGGGAAUUGGAGCCUUCCCCACUGAGCAGAUUAAUGAAAUUGGAGAUCUUUUACAGUCCCGUGGCCACGAAUGGGGAGUCACUACAGGCAGAAAGAGACGCUGUGGCUGGUUAGAUCUUGUCACUUUGAAAUAUGCUCAUAUGAUCAACGGAUUCACUGCCUUGGCAUUAACAAAACUGGAUAUUCUCGAUGUCCUUGAUGAAAUUAAAAUUGGCGUUGCUUACAAACUGGGUGGAAAAAGAAUUCCGUAUUUUCCAGCUAAUCAGGAGAUACUACAGAAAGUAGAAGUAGAGUAUGAAACAAUGCCUGGGUGGAAGGCUGACACAACUGGUGCACGAAAAUGGGAGGAUCUUCCCCCUAAAGCCCAGAAUUACAUCCGCUGCGUGGAAAACCAUGUUGGAGUACCAGUGAAAUGGGUCGGAGUUGGAAAGUCAAGAGAGUCAAUGAUCCAGCUGUUUUAAAGGAAUGAAGAACUUCAGUGAGAAGCACAAUUUAGCAUUCACCUGUUCCUUACUGCUUCCUGUUUAAAUGGAGAUGCUAUUUAAAACCAACAUGUUCUUGG